GUGUAAGAAAGUUGCUAUUUUUAGUGCUCAUAUAAAUACAUUUUUUUUCCUUUCUUCCCUUUCUCCUCCUCUUCUUCUUUGUUCUUUUAUCAUGAAUUCCGGGUUUAACCAUGCAGAUUAUCCUGUUAUUGUCGGGAUAGAUUUUGGAACCACGUAUUCUGGAUGUUGUUAUGCGUUUGCUCAAAAUGAAGAAGUAAUUGAUAUUGUCAAAUGGCCUAAACAAAAUAAUCAAGUAUAUCCUAAAACACCCACUCUUUCUCUAUACCGUAAAGGCUCAACUCAACUUGUUGAAUGGGGUCAUGGAGCUAGAAGACUUGCCAUGAAACCCAACAAUGCUGACUCCAUGUUGCUUAGUAAAUUCAAGCUCUACUUGGACGAGCACUUGCAACAAACAGAGCUUGGCAACGGGCUUAAUAUUAUUGAUGUUAUUGCAGACUAUCUACGCGCUUUUCAUUUACAUGUCUGUACUGAACUCUUGAAGGGUUUUGCCGGCAAUUAUGAUCAAUCCCGUUUCCGUUAUUGUCUUACUGUGCCUGCUAUGUGGAGUGAUAGAGCAAAGGCAACAAUGCGUGAAGCAGCCAUUCGAGCUGGUUUGAUCAACAACACAGACCAUCCUGAUCGACUGAUGCUCAUUUCAGAGCCCGAAGCAGCUGCUCUCUAUUGUGAAAAGAAGUCAGAACAGUUCAAUUUGAGACACGGUCAACGAUUCAUGAUCUGUGAUGCAGGUGGCGGUACUGUUGACUUAAUUGUGUUUGAAAUUCACGAACCUCCAGGAGAAAGACGCACACUCAAGGAAGUCACGAAUGGUCACGGUGGCUCUUGUGGUUCUGGCUUUUUAGACUUGAGAAUGCGAGAAUACCUCAAACGUAAAUUUGCUCAUUAUCACACUAUCAAUGACAGUGCAAUGGAAUUGAUCAUGGAUACGUUUGUAAAUGUCAUCAAGCCUGAUUUUGAUGGUGUAGAGGAUCAUUUUCUUGAUUUACCUGCUUCUAUGGGACUCGGUGAUCUGACGGACAAUGAAAUAGGUUUAGACAAUGGCUCCCUUUGUUUACCAGCCGAAGAAUUAAGAGAAUAUGUAUUUGAGCCUGUGAUUCGUCAAGUACUUGAUCUCAUUCGUGGUCAGUUGCAACAAUCGCCUCAGUUAGAAGCUAUUUUCUUGGUAGGUGGUUUUGGUCAGUCAAACUAUCUUUUUCGCCGAGUAGAAGACGAAUUUGCAAACCAAGUAGGCAUGAUUGGUGUUCCUCCUCGUGGUGAAUUGGCUGUUGUGCGUGGUGCUGUCUAUUUUGGACUUAACCCUCAAAUUGUCACAGAGCGUGUUUCUAGACGCACUUAUGGUGUAGAGACACGCAUGUUGUUCCAAGACGACAUUGACCCUCCCGAGUAUUCUGUGAUGGGCGCAGAUCAAAAGCGCUAUUGUCGUCAACGCUUUAGUGUCUAUGUCCAUAAGGGACAGAGUAUUAAAGUAGACGAAUGUGUUUCCAAAAACUUUGUGAUUAGUUACCCUAACGAUACUGACUCUGAUUUGUUUGCUUUUGAUGGUGAAGGACAACCUCCUCGGUUGACUUCUCAUCCACUUGUACGCAAAGUAGGCAAUUUCCCUAUUCGAAUGCCUCAUUUAGAAGGUGUCAAGGCAGGUGAAAAAGUCAAUAUGACUAUCAAGAUGUAUUUCGGCUUGACAGAAAUUAAGAUUGAAUGCAUCAUUCGAGACAAGUCUUUUAUGUUUACUUCUGCUUUUGAUGCUUCUGAUGCUUAUCCAGCCAAUGCAAGUGCACCUUUAUCUUCAGCGACAAUACCGCCACCACCAGCACCAGUACCUGUUCAACAAGACUAUGGCUAUGCCGGUGGAUACGAGUAUCAAACACCAUUGAUGGCUUCAGAACAACCUUAUGGCAUGAAUGAUUUGACGAAUAGCAUGAACCAUGUUUCUAUCAACCAACCUUAUCCUUCUACUUCAACAGGUUACCCACCUUCUGCUGGCUAUCCUCCUUCUCAACAACAACAACAGCAACAGCAGUAUUAUCCGCCUACUUCACAACCUGGUUAUCGUCCCAUGGCUUAUAGCACAGACUAUUAUAAUUACCCACCACCACCACAACAACAACAGCAACAACAACAACAACAAGCAUAUGCUCAGAACAAUAAUUCAUUCUACAGUACCACAUCAGGUAAUGUAGCUGGUUAUUCACCUUCUGCGCAACAUGGAUACCUUCCUCAACAAACCUAUGGAGGAAGUAACUAUCGUUAAUCUGAUAAUAAAAUAUAAUAUAUUGGCCGAGGUGUAUAUAUGCACUCCCUUCUUUCUUUUU